CAUCCGGACGCUAGACCUCAUUGAUAACAAAAAGAGAAGUAACAUGGAGAACUUGUUGAACCGAUCCUUUGUGAGGUGUGCAUGUCUUCCGCGAACAUCCAAGAGGGAUUUUUUCCAGUGAACCUCGUCCAGGCAGCUCGACCCCAGGCCUCUUUAACUGUAAGAUGGAUAGCCUCGAAUCCAGUCCUGAAUAUGGUGUCGGGAGGCUCCCGAAUCAGCGAGAUCGCUUGGAUCAACCGUCUGCCUCAUAUUCAGCUCGUCCAAUCGGCUGGAGCAAACCUCGCACAGCAGAGUCGCGUGUUCCACCCAGGUGGGGCUGGAUUCCGUCACUUGGCCGAGAGAUCCAAAGCUGGAUUACCCUCGGCUGCUGUGGUGUUUGGCAAUUCGACUGCUGGAGGCGCUUACAUUCCUGGGAUGAGCGAUUACGUCGUGAUGGUCAAGGGCAAGGCCCAGGUUUUCCUGGGAGGUCCACCACUGGUCAAGAUGGCUACAGGCGAGAUUACAGAUGCAGAGAGCCUGGGUGGAGCUGAUAUGCACAGCCGCAAAUCAGGUGUUUCUGAUCAGCUUGCCAUGGACGAGUACCAUGCAAUCUCGAUGGCCCGUGAGUUCGUCUCGGGACUAAACUGGACCAAGCAGGGCCAGCUGCCGAUCCGGCAUAUCAAGGGUCUAUUUGACCAGCCCAUGUAUGACCCUGAUGAAAUCUUGGGAAUCGUCAGCGCCAACAUCCGCAUCCCCUUUGAUGCUCUCGAGGUCAUUAUCCGCUUGGUUGAUGGUUCUCGCUUCACGCAGUUCAAGCCAUUGUAUGGACCAAAUUUGAUCUGUGGAUGGGCAACUAUUCACGGUAUUCCCGUCGGCAUUCUGGCCAACAACAAUGUCCUCUUUCCUCCCGAGGCCAACAAGGCGACACAGUUUAUCCAGCUAUGCAACAUGCGCAACACCCCGAUCCUCUAUCUCCAUAACAUCACUGGAUUCAUGGUCGGCAAGAAGUAUGAGGAGGAAGGGAUCAUCAAGGCAGGAUCUCGCUUCAUCAAUGCAGUCUCAAACUCACAGGUGCCGUGUAUCACUAUCGUCAUGGGUGCCAGUUACGGUGCAGGAAACUACGCCAUGGCCGGGCGCGCCUACAACCCCCGAUUCCUGUUUUCAUGGCCGAACAGCAAGUGCUCUGUCAUGGGCGCGGAGCAAUUGACGGGUGUGCUCGAUAUUGUGAUGCGAGAUUCGGCUAAAAAGUCGGGCAGGAUCAUUGACGAAGAGAUGGCCAAGGCCUCGAUGGGGAUGUUCCAGGCCAUGGUUGAGAACGAGUCAGACGUGUACUGGACGAGUUCACGGUGCAUUGAUGACGGAGUGAUUGAUCCCCGCGAGACACGAACCAUUCUUGGUUUCUGCCUCUCAGUCUGCUACAAUACCGAGGUGAAAGGAGGCAACCUCUAUGGCGUCUCGCGUAUGUAAUCGUACAUAGAAGUACAGAAGCACCUCGGAGAAAUCAUAAAAUAGCGACGCAAUAAUGUGUCUCUAAAUUUCGG